AUCUUGUCCUGCUUGUAGUGACUCGGAGCUAUGAAGUCCCCUACAGUGAAGACAUCAAGGAGAGCUGCCUUUAUUGAAUACGAUGACGAUUUGAAUGAAGUGUUGUGUGAAUUUGAUGCGGUGUUGGAAGAUUUCUCCUCGCCGUUUAAUAAGAGGCGUUUCUGUUAUGAUGAACACCUGAAGACCAUGAAGAGGAGGAGCAGUGCUAGUAUCAGUGACAGUGGAAUCAGCGACUCAGAAAGUGCAGAUUCGCUUUGCAGAAACAGUUUUAGCUUCAGUGAUGAAAAGCUAAACUCCCCAACCUUGUCUUCUCCAUCACUGUCUUCUCCAACUGAAACACCACGAAAAGCUAAACUUGGAGAUACAAAAGAGUUGGAAGAUUUUAUUGCUGAUCUUGACAGGACACUAGCAAGUAUGUAAAGAACUGUAUAGCUGGUCAGUGUGAUCAGUCUAAGAACACGGAAGGCUGUAAAUCGUCAUGAAGCAGGGUUACAUAAUGCAGGCGUUCCCG